AGUUUACACAAUAAAUUUGCUAUCAGUUUUCUAAAGCUAAAUUUUUAAAUUUGGCGGAUAUACAUUUUUUUUUCUUCUUCUCCGGAUUUGUAUAAGAAUAAAAUUCUUAUAAAUAUAAUUUUUCCAGGCUCUAUUUCAAACCGAAAUUUCGUAUCGUAUCUCCAAAUCAAAUCUGAUUUGCAGUAAUUUUUAUUUUGACUAUGAAUAAAGUUUCUAUAAGAUUUUCCAGUACUGUAUUACAGAACAUUAAACGAUUUUAUACAAUGGAGCUGAAAAAGCCUUUCAAUUAUUUAAAUGGAAAAAGACAUCAUCCUCUUAAGUCCUUGCGUGCUAUUGCAAAUUCAAAUCCUGCAACAGGAGAAUUCUUAUUCAAUCUGCCCUGCUCUAGUGAUGAAGAUGUCGAUCAAGCAGUAAAAAGCUGUAAAGAAGCCUUUCUUAUAUGGUCCAAAAAAUGUCCUCGUGAAAGAGGUCAAGUAUUGUUAAAAGCUGCUCAAAAAAUAAGGGAAAAACUGGAAAACCUAGCUUGUUGUGAAGUGAUAGAUACAGGAAAGCCAAUUUGGGAAGCUAGGGUAGAUAUAGAUGGCUGUGCAGAUGUGUUUGAAUAUUUUGGAGGAAUUGCAGCUACCAUUAGUGGUACACAUCACAUGUUAUCUGAUGGUAAUUUUGCAAUAGUUCAACGAGAACCUCUUGGUGUUGUAGCUGGCAUUGGAGCAUGGAACUAUCCAUUUCAAGUGAUGUCUUGGAAGGUUGCACCUGCAUUGGUUUGUGGAAAUACAUUUAUUUAUAAACCAUCUGAAUUCACACCUAUUACUUCAGUCCUUUUAGCAGAAAUUUUAGCUGAAUCUGGUUUGCCUCCAGGUGCUGUGAAUAUUGUACAGGGUAGUUUUGAAACUGGAGAAUUCAUUUGCCAACAUCCAGGUAUCUCAAAAGUGACUUUUACUGGCAGUGUCGAAACGGGAAAAAAGAUUAUUAAAUCCUGUGCUGAUACUAUGAAAAAAGUUACGAUGGAACUUGGUGGAAAAUCUGCACUCAUUGUAUUUUCUGAUUGUGAUAUUGUUAAUGCUGUUAAAGCUACAUUAUUGGGAAACUUCCUGACACAAGGUGAGGUUUGUUCCAACUGUACAAGGGUUUAUGUACAAAGACCCAUUUUAAAUAAAUUUAUCGAUAGCUUGGUAAAUGCUACAAAGAAAUUGAAAAUUGGAGAUCCAUUUGAGGAAGAUACUAAAGUUGGAGCUGUAAUUAAUGAAAAACAUGGAGAUAAAAUAAUGGACUUUAUUAAUAUUGCUAGAAAAGAGGGUGCAACUGUUGCAUACGGAGGCAAUAAAAUUGUUCCACAAAAAGGAGAUCUUAAGGGUUUCUUCAUAUCUCCUUGUGUUCUUACCAAUUGCACUGAUGACAUGACAGUAGUUAAAACAGAAAUAUUUGGAUCUGUGGUUUCUGUGCUACCAUUUGAUAAUGAGGAUGAAGCCAUUGCAAGAGCAAAUGCUUUACCCUAUGGCUUAGCUGCUGGUGUAAUGACCAAAGAUAUUCAAAGAGGCCAUCGUGUUGCAAAUUCAUUGCAAGCUGGCAUUGUAUGGAUAAAUAAUUACAAUAUCUUUCCCCCAGAAGUUCCAUUUGGAGGAUAUAAACUGUCUGGAUAUGGUAGAGAAAAUGGGCAAGCUGCCAUUAAUGAUUUUAGCCAAUUGAAAACUGUUUAUGUAGAAAUGAAUAACGAAAUUGAUUGCCCUCUCUAUGGCUGACUAAUUUUUUUUUCUAUGUUUCCUAAAUAAUAAACUAAUUUUGUUUUAAUUUCCUUUAUUUAUAAUUUACAUAUGUUACAAGAAUAUUAUUUAUAUUCCAGUUUAUGUUACCUGCAAAAACUUUGCAUUCAUUGUUAGAACAUGUUACUUAACUUAGCAUUUAUUUUUAAUUUUAUUCAAUGAACUAUGUUAUAUUUUAUUGUUUUUGAUUUUUUAUAAGUAUAUUUAGAGAUUUUAAAGUAGUUAGUUGUUUAAAGAUUCUUUUUCAAGAACUAAAACAAAAAGAAACCAGUAUUAACUUUUCUCAUUCUCUUUAUAUUUGCAGAUUAAAUUGAUACAUCCACUUUGAGUAUUUUCAGUAUAUUGUAAAAGUUAAGGCAGCUAAUCAUUCAGAAGUGAACUUUUUAAUGAGGAAAUCUAGUCAUAUUUAUACUUUUAAUUUAAUAUAUUUAUUAAGUAAUUAGAAAAAAUAGGACAAUCUUGAUUUAAAUUUCGGACAGAUAGUCUAAUAUGAAAAUUACUUUAUUUUGAGAAUGAGUUAGACACAACUGGGUCUAAACAUCAACAUUUAAGCCUACUGAGUUUACACAUAUUAUUUGAUCCUUCAUCCUUCAAAGAAAAUAAAAAGCAUUCUGAAUUUUUAUACUUUUGUUCUAGAUCAGUGUACUGUUGAAAGGUUUUCAAAAUUAUUUUUAUAAAAGUAAAGACCUUAAAUAAGAUCAGAUAUAUUUGUUUAAAUUGUCAAAUCUUUUACUAUGUUUAUUUUUAUAAGUAGUUUGUAAUAAAAUUGUUUGAUAUUUUCUUAUCAAAAUGUUUUGAGUUUCUUUUUGAAAUGCUAUAUUUUUAAUGCUACAAAUUCAAUACCACUUCUAGAUGAAAAUUAUGUUUAAAAAAUUGGAAUUAGAUACUAAGCCUUUUUUCAAAUUUUUCUGAAUUGGAAUAAUUGGAACUGAAGCAAUGUAUCCAACUUCUAUUAUUUUUGUAAUUUCUCAUAUGAUUGUCAAUACUCGACAUGAAACUGAAUAUCACUAGGGAAGUUCUAUGAGUAAUCAUUGGAUUUCAUUCGAUUAAUUUUAAUAUAUUAGAAAUUUGAACAGACAUUUUGUUCCUGCCCUGUUUAUUUAUCUAUUUCUUUUCACUUAAUUUUGUUGUUUUACCAAUAAUCUCUCAACCAGGACUGGGCAACAAUCAGACUUCAUCAUUGUGAUAUAUCUUUCGAGAUAAAUCGAUAUUUUUCGAUAUAUCGUGUUAUUAUAUGUUAUGGAAAUAAUAAAUUAUAAAUAACCUCUCUUAACAUAAUGACUUAUCAAAACUUCUCCAAAUUUAAUAAAAGGAAUUUUCAGUUACCUCGCUAAUUUUCAUUUAUAUAACUAUCAUGUUUUGUCUUCCAAUAAAAAAUAUUAAAAUUUAAUGAUAUUAAAAUCAUUACAGUAGAGAAUAUUGCAAUAUCAUUUCAUUUUAACUUUGUCUGCAUUUCACAAUAAAUCAUAAUAUUUUUUUCAAUAAUGGAGUUAUUUUUAAAAUGUUAUUUUCUUCAAUGCUGAUAUAGAAAAUUUCAUUCCGUUUCAUCCUUUACACCUGGAUAUAAAACAUGCAUGUCUUCACUUUUGGUAACUCGAGGUUUCUAAAUCCAAAGUCUAUUACGAUGAAAAAUUAAUAUAGUGUAUUAAUUUUCAUUUUUUAUUUUUAAAAAAAGUAUUAGUGACAUUAAUUUAAAUAUGCCAGUAGAAUUUAAUUUAUAGAUAAAAUGAUGACAGCUAAAAGAACUUGAAUAUAGUUUACAAUUUAAAAAAAGCAAAAAGAAAUUUUAAAAAAUUGUAAUUCUGAAAGGUGUAUGAAUAUUAUUAUGGAAAGUAAGUGCACUUAUGAAAGAAUAUUUUAAAAGGCUUUCAAUUUUGAGGCAAUAAGAGUACAUGGGCAGAUAAAAGAAAACUGCUCCCAUAUACAUUAUUAAUAAUAUAAACUCUUGAAAACAGGACCAACUUCCAAACAAAACGCUUAUAUUUCUGAAUAUUAAGGGCAUUUCUGGUUAUUCUGUGACAUUUAGCUCUUAUCUUUUUUUUUUUUUUUUUUCCUCUUCUUCUUCUUCUUUCAGGCAAAUAGUUAAGUGUAAAUAUGAUAUUGAUUUAUUUUUUUAAUCUUACAAAUUUUUCAAUAAAAUCAUUCCUUAUUUGUGUUGUAAACUGAUUUUUUUAAUUUAGGCAUUUCUAUUGUUAAUAAUUUUUAUAAAUAAAUGAAAAAAAAGAAAAUAUUUUAAUAAGAAUUAAAUAUAAAUUUCUCAAAAUAUUUUCAUCAAUAUUCAUUUCAAAAUAGUUACUUAUUUGAUUCUUAUGGGUAUUUUUUACAGCGAUUUUGGUUAAAAUUAAUUAAAAAUGAUAAAUUGUGUUAAAGGCAUUUUAUUAUAAAUAAAUUAUUUCAGGUUACACAAUAGGUGGUUCUUUAAAUUAAGAACUGUAAACUUCCAUUUUUAAAAAUUUUAUUAAAACAUUUGUGUGUAUAAUUAGUUUUAGAAUUAAUUUUUGUACAGAGAAGUAAAAAUUCAUCAUUCCUCAAGAUGCAGCAUUUCCAAGGAUAUCUAUCUUUAUAGAAUUCUUUAUAUGAAAAAUAUAAUCAGUUGAAUGUCAUUUUAGAUAUUCGUCUCUAUAUAUUUGUAGUAUAAAAUGUGGAAUGUUAAAUGUUUUCUCUGUAUGUAUUCUAUAAAAUAUACAUAUAUUAAAUAGAUACAGUGAAUCAUGAUAAUCAAUUUAUUCUCAGUUAUCACACAUUAAAAUGUUAAUAAAAUGUCAUUAUUUCACAAAAAUCAUUAAUUUGCAAUUUUGUUUUCAUUUUGUAAUGCCCAAAUGAAAAUAAAAAAAGUUUUAUAUUGAUAA